AAAGUCAGGAGGGCCUUGUGCCGGGCUAAACUAAAAUUUGGACACAAAAUGGAACCAUAGGGUCUUUUUUUUCAUUUAUUUACUGUCAUAAUGACGAAGCAGAAGAUGGCGCCUUUUUCAUUAUCCCCCAAUUCAUAUUCUAGGGUUUUGUAAGCGUAGCUAUUUGAAUUCAAUUCUUGUGUAAAUUAAUUACCUAUGAGCGAAGCAUUGCAAUAGCCAAAUGGCGUUCUCUUUCACUCCACAGACACAGCAGCCGUCGCUAUUCCAAACUCCGGCCCAGCAACAGCCAUCUCCAUUCCAAACUCCGGCCCAGCAACAGUCUUCGCCAUUCCAAACUCCCGGCCAGCAACAACCGUCGCUAUUCCAAACUCCGGGUCAGCAACAGUCGUCGCCAUUCUCUCAAAUCACUCCCUUUUCGCAACAACAACAACAACAACAACAACAAUCGUCGCCAUUCUCGAUCAAUCCCUUUCCGCAGCAACCGCAGCAACAACAACAACAACAACAACCUCAAUUUCAACAGCAACAACAGCAACUGCAAUUGCAGCAGCAGCAGCAACAACAACUGCUGCAGCAACAGCAACAGCAACAGCAACAGCAACAGUUGUAUCUUUUCACCAACGAUAAGACUCCUGCUACCUACAGUACAAAAUGGGCAGACCUCCACCCCGACUCCCAGAAACUCCUGUUGCAAAUUGAGGAGAGGAUACUGGAGUACAGGGAUGAAAGCCAAAGACUUGACCAGUGUAGCCGGCUUUAUGAUUCAUCAGAGUCAAAUGAUGGUUUUGAGUUGGAUGCAAGCCGCAGCAUUCAGGAACUUGGUGGAGUUAGUACAUCAAUGGAAAGACAAAAAGCUAUCUUGCAAGAGCUAAUGACCGUUGUUAAAGAUAUGCUGCGGAAUACGGAGGUUGCAGUGCGCUCUUUUAUGAUGUUACGUCCAAGGUUCCUUCAUCAAAGUGCACCUGCUGCUACAAGUGCUACUGCUCCGUCACAGGCAUCGGGUGCAACUGUAGUUCCAACAGCAUCUAGUCAAGCACAUUCUACACCCAAUGCGCCAAUUUUUGAUUUUUACAGUGGGAUACCAAAAAAGCCCUCUCCCUUUUUGCAGCAAACAGUAGCUAGAUUUGAGAAAUAUCUUGUAGAAUGCAGGCAAUGGGUUGAAGAAUUGGAGCAGUUGAUGGUUUUAGAUUCUGACAGGAAUUCUAUGAAUUCCAGUUCAUCUUUGUUGCAGUCUCUUCCCAAAGUCAUGUCUAAUGUGCAUGGCUUUUUUGUUCAUGUUGCCGCAAAGGUGGAGAGCAUUCAUCAGUACAUUGAAUCGAUGAAAACAGCAUAUCUGGCCGAUCAACGCCGUCGGGGUGAUGGGAGCGAUCCUUUUCUUGAGGCUGAUCGGCGGGAAACAGCUAAACAGGAGGCAGCUGCUAAAAGGGUACAUCCAACUUUGCAUUUGCCCACAAUUUCACAGCCAUCAACUCAAGUAGCAGGAUUGAUUUCCAGCUCAGCAGCCCCCAGGGCAUCCAGUACACCACAAACAUCAUCUGCAGUUUCUUCUGCCUCAGCUGGAAGUGGAUCCUCACUCUUUGCUACCGCAUCCGUUGCUGCUUCAUCUUCUUCCCUGUUCACUACUCCAACAAUGUCAGCUCCAGGCUCCUCUUUGUUCGGAACAUCUGGUGCUACCCCACAAACUUCACUCUUUGGGACCUUGUCUGCUUCAACUCCAACCUUUAGUACUCCAUUAUUUGGUUCGACACCCGCUUCUGGAGUUUCAAGUUUAUCAACACCUUUUGCUUCAGGGGCUGCACUAGCAUCAGGGGCAAGCUUUGGGACUCAAUCUAAGGCUAGAGCUAAAAGUCGUACAGGCAGACGCUAGAGAAUUUGUUUGGUAGUUCAGACAUCUACUGUCGUCAAUCUGAGAUUCUCAAUAGAUGGUAAUCUCUUAGCUGCAGUCACACUGGUUACCUGACGGUAGCCUGGCAAGCUCAAGCAUUUCGACAAAUCAAUCGUGAAAUAAUGCAGUUCAUCUACCUCCAGUUUCAUUGGUUUGUUUCAUUAUUGUGGAUCACUAAUUCUGCAGAGACGUACUAUCAUAGGGAUAUUGCGGCAAUGUUAUCUCAGACUAUUUUUCAUUUGCUUAAUUCUCCUGAUCUAGUAUAUCAAGCUUGAUUUUGUACUCGAGUGUAUUCUAGAUGAUUUCAGUUGCCCUUUGUAGAAAUGAAACAGGUUAUAUUUGUGAUAAUCUGGAUCUAACUUCCUGCUGGCAUAAUUUCUUUGACAUAGGAUGAUUGUGUAAACACUUACUUGAGAUCUCAUUUGUUGUUUCCCCUCUGAAUUGUAAGCCCUCUUCUUACGUUUUA